GUGGCUGUAUCAUGAUCAGCUCGCAUGAACAGUUACAUACCAGGCUUCGUCUAUCUCGGGCGCAUGCAGCCAGACACCGCACGGGGUCUACAGUCUUGGCAACUAUGAUACUGUACGAGCACGGCUCUUGCCCUCUGAUAACAGCUGGAUUUGCGAAGUCCUCUGGUCAUGGGUGGUUCCACCAAGCACGUAACCGAGCAUUGUACUAAGAUUCGAUGGACACGUUCACGCCAUACAACCUAUCCUUGCCAAGUUCAAGCCCGACUUUCAUAUAUCAGCCAUUCAGAGACAGGUGGUGUGGUCUUCAAGGAGAUCCCGCGGGGGGAUGGCGAUCAAGCUACCCGGAUGUCGCAACUUGGGCUAAUGGCGGGCUUAACAAUGCCGGUAUCGGUGUUCCUUUUCGGGAGACAUACCUUGAUGGUGCGAAUGUGACCCUGCAGUUCGAGGGCACCGCCAUUUACCUUUGUCUUACUCCCACCGGGGUUUCGUUCGAUUUUCUCGUCGACGGAAACCAAGUGUCGACAAGUGGUCCAGCAAUGGAUCCUGCAUGCGCCGAAACUGGUGCCGAGCUAAUGGCAUAUACUGAUGGUCUGACAUACGGCAGUCAUACUGCAACCAUGCGUGUCAACUCGCAAGGAAAUACGGAUUUCCUCUUCUUCGGCGGGAUUAUUACCAUUGGGUUGAAUGGAACGGAUCCAACUCCUAGGCUGGUAGAUGAUACUGUCGUGGGAUGGUCGUAUGAACCAAGUAGUGCUUGGGCUCAUUCGGCUGAUUCAGGGACGAGUGAUCACACCUCUCUAUCUUACACAUGCUCGUAUGGUCCGUCCUACACGGCGAGUUAUUCGUUCAAUGGUUCUUCUGCUGUUCAACUGCUCGGGCUGUUGGAAGUAAAUAUUGACCCCUACACGAUCGUACUGGACGGCCAGUCAUACCAAUUCAACGGGUCGGACCUUUGGCGUCAAUCGCAGCAAGUGCUGUUUUUCAAAGGCGGCCUGGAUGCAUCAAAGCAAUACACGAUCACUCUGAUCAACUACGAUCAAUCAGCCCCGGAUGCACAGCAGCCAAUUGGACCUGACUUCUACCCUUGUGCAUCAGUACAGGCGCUUUUAUUGACCCAAGUAACCGCUAUCCCUCCUUCAAUAUCAACAGCACGCCCGGCUGCAAGUGGCUCGUUACCAAUUGAGGCAAUAAUAGGCGGAGCGGGAUGGCGAUCGAGUUAUUCGAACGUGACAACUUGGCCCAAUGCCGGCCUGGGUAACGUUGGGACUGGCAUUCCCCUUCGCGAAACGUAUCUUGACAAAGCGAAUGUGUCGGUACAGUUUGAGGGUACUGCAAUAUACCUUUGUUUCACACCUACCGGAGCUGCGUACACCUUUUCCGUCGAUGGUAACCCAGUAUCAACGAUUGGGGAAGUAACAGACCCGGCAUGUGACGACACCGGAGCAAACACCAUGGCAUACGUCGACGGUCUUUCGUACGGCAGCCAUACUGGGACUCUGCGCGUUAAUUCAGAGGGCAACACGGAUUUCCUCUUCUUCGGUGGUGUUGUCACCGUUGGAUUGAACGGCACGAACCCAGUGAGUGAACGCAUAGAUGACAGCGAUACAAGAUGGUCGUAUGAGCCACAGAAUUCAUGGACUUAUCAAAAUACUUCUGGGACGAAUGACAACAGUACGCUAUCCUGGACAUGCUCUUAUGGCCCCUCAUACACAGCGAGCUUUAUCUUUAACGGCUCGUCUGCUGUUCAGAUGCUGGGGCUGUUGGACCUCAAUAUCGGUCCGUACACGGUACAGCUGGAUGAUCAAUCGUACCAAUUCAACGGUUCUGAUUUCUGGCGUGAAUCACAACAAGUGCUGUUUUUCAAGGGUGGCCUGGAUGCAUCAAAGCAAUACACGAUCACUCUGAUCAACUACGAUCAAUCAGCCCCGGAUGCACAGCAGCCAAUUGGACCUGACUUCUACCCAUGCGCCUCGGUCCAGGCGUUAUUGUUGACGAAAGUGACUCCUGGUCUUCCUUCACCAUCAACAAGUGGAGCAAGUCCCAGUGGUACCUCUGGAGGUGGCUCUGGUAACAACAGCUCAGGAGCGGGCACCGGGAACAACACAAGUGGCUCUAACACAGACAGCUCGUCACCUGUUGGGGCAAUAGUGGGCGGAGUAGUGGGCGGCAUCGCAGGUCUAUGUAUCAUCGGUUUCCCCCUGUGGUUUGUCUGGUGGAGAGGAAGACGUGAGGCCGCAUCCCAACGUGACAUGUCUGAAAUCCAACCGUACCAGCUUCCCGCGGGCCAUUCUGGAAGAUCGUUCAUUUUGCCUCAGCAGCAGCCACUACUUGGUACGGAUGACGAGGCGCCGCAGAAGCCUGAAGAGGCCCCCCUCGAAGGUUACACAUAUGCCCAAAAUCCUGGAACAUCUAUAUUCCUGUCUUCUGACACAUCUCAAUCAUUUUCCCGUGAUGAAAAACGACGCCGGCCUAACAUGUCUCGGGAACCAAGACCAUUACCGACGGACGCAUCGGUUUCGCCGCCCAUGACGGCACCCACCUCCCCUCCCCAAUUAUCGACGAACCCAUCUUCCGAUCGGGGCGACAUCCAUAUUGCCUCUACUCAAGAACUUGUUGGUAUCCUGAAUCGACGACUGCGAGAGCAAUACAGGACAGAAAAUGACUUGGAUCUUCCGGAAUACGAGCCGGUGGAUUAG